AUAGUAUAUAUUAUGGUUUUACCCCACGUGAUUUUUGCAACUGUUUGCAACGUUUGCGAAGGAUGCCGGUAAAAACAUCCACCGAUUUAAGGAGAGAUAAUUGCAAGACAUGGUAAAUGUGACAAAGGGCAUUUUAGUCGAAUGCGAUGCGGCUAUGAAACAGUUUCUCCUACAUUUGGACGAAACGUCUGCCCUCGGAAGAAAAUUUAUAAUUCAAGAUUUGGAUGAGAGACAUUUAUUUAUAUCUGCCGAUAUAUUGGAAACUUUGCAAACAAAAGUGGAUGAUUUGAUGGAUCAGAUAUCAUUUCCACUAGCAGAAAAGGGUAUAUAAAAAGAAAGAAUUCACCUUUGUUUUGAGAUAUAAUAUCACAAAUUUGAAAAAUGGCUCGAGAAUCUGGUAGAAUAAAAGACGCGUGUCAAAAGAGAAUUCUCGACGAUGCUGCGCGUAAGCGUAGACAAAAAAAGGCAUUGGAAGCAUUGGAGCAAGACAAUUUUCACGAUGAUCCACACGCCGACUUAGUGAUGAGCAAGAAAGUACCAAAAUUCCAAGAGACGCUAGACAACAGAAGUGGCAGUAGAAAAAAGAAAACUCGCUCCGCGGAAUAUUAUAAACAACGUUUUCGCAAGACUUUUGCUCAGCUCGUUGAGGAAGAUCUCAAUGUGAAUCCUAAUCCACCAAAUUACGCCUGCGCUCAGGUACCGCCGUCCCGUUUACCCGAGAGACAUUUUUGUGCGGUGUGCGGUUUUCCUAGUAAUUACACAUGUAUACCUUGUGGUGCCAGAUAUUGCUGUGUCAAGUGUCUAGGCACUCAUCUUGAUACAAGAUGUAUGAAAUGGACAGUUUAAGAAUUUUUAUAUUGUUUACUCCGAGUAUUAAUUCAAAUACAAAAGUAUUUUAAAAUCUUUUUCGAACAGAACAGAUUUUACAAUAUAUUAUAUUCUGAUAAUAAAGUAUUUGAAAAAAGCUCUUUGACAGUAAAUAUUUAGUGGGCCCAGUAAGCAAAAUGUUAACAGUAUAUUAAUAGCAUGCUACUUAAACCAAAAAA